AUGGUAAUUGGGGCAUGGAUAUUUCAAGCGCUCGAAGGACGUCACCUCAAAGACAUGAAAGCAGCCCAACUCAACAGAAUCGAUGUAAGCGUGGAGAAGUAUAUAGAUAGAAUUUGGGAUUUAACACAUUCUAAAAAAUAUCAAAAAAUAAGCAGAUCAGAACUGAAGGAAAUAUUUAGACGCGAUAGUAGAGAACAAUUUUAUAAAUACGUCGAUACCGUGUUUACCGCUCAUCUUAAGUAUCGACAUGGCUACGAUACGAAUGCUCCGUGCUGGGAUUUUAUUACCUCGUUUUUCUUUACGGCAACGAUGCUCACAUCAAUUGGAUACGGUUAUGUUGCACCAUCAACAUUCUCCGGACGUUUAUUCGGUGUCAUCUACUGUCUCAUUGGCAUCCCACUAACACUAGUUACAGUGGCUAACAUUGCCAAGUUCAUAUCAGAAUGCGCUUUUUUAAUUCAUUACAAUUGCUGGAAAAAAUUAACGACAUGGAGAGAUCGCCGGAAAGGAUUUACGAUCCAUGAUCUUCGACCUAUUUUCAGUGAAAAUGAAGAUGAACAAGAAUUAUUAGACAAAGUAAAGCUUGUUCGCUUUCCACCCGUAAUUUUAUUUCUAAUUGUGUUCUUAUAUGGCCUUUUCGGCUCAUAUAUUAUUCAAAAGAAAGAACAUUGGACUUAUACCGAAUCAGUGUAUUUCACAUUUAUUAGCAUUUUGACAGUUGGUUUCGGUGAUUAUCGCCCAGAACAGCAAAACAUGUUGGUAGUUUUGUGUGUCAUCAUGGGUGGCAUAAUUCUGACAACAAUGUGUAUGGAUGUUGUCGGUCGAAUGUAUCUAAAGGAGAUUCAUUACAUUGGCCGUAAAAUUCAAACGAAUAAUCCCUUCUUUUUGAUUCGUGAAGCAAAAGCAAGGCGACGACGACAAGCAACUGCAAGUAUGCUUUUGGAAUUAGCAAAAGGUAUGAUAUUUGAACAUAAUAAUACUCAUAUGGGUGCAAUGGCCAGAAGACGAAUGAGCAGAAAGCUUCAAAAACGCGGGCCACGCAUGUUAACAGAUGAUGAAUUUAUGUUCGCUCGUCUGCCACCAGAUCCACCACGGGAAUGUCAGGUUGUUUCCACAUCCGCUUAUUCAGUACGCCUUGCAUGGGCACCAGCAUUUUCUGCUGACGAUCAAGUUACCUACAAUAUACGUUAUCGGAUCAAACAUCAAGAAGACAGUAAAAUGCGUGAACUGCGCGGCAUUCAAGGACAUUCAGCGGAAAUUAUGAGCGUUGAUUCCUGUUCUUUGUAUGAAUUUCGUAUCACAGCUGUUUCACGCUACGGUGAAAGCAAACCAGUCUAUCUAGUGCAAUAUACAGAGCCACAGCUUAGCCCACAACAUAUCUUAGCUCAACGAUUGAAUGCAAACACUAUCGAAUUAUCUUGGGAACCACCUUAUAAACGCACCAGAGAUGUUGCGAAUUAUAUUGUUUAUUAUACGGAAAAUCCUAAUGCUCACUUCUCAGUCUGGGAACGCAUCACAGUUCGUGGACAACGAAUAGUUUUUCCUGAUCUACGCUAUGACUGGUUCUAUACGUUCUGUGCCACGGCUUGUUUCAAGGAUGGACAGCGAUCACCACUAUCUAGAGCGCUAUUUGUCAAGACUGAGAAGUUGGAAUUCCGGCCUAAAUGUGUUGGCCAAUCGCAUACCAUUGAAGUAAUGAAUACAAUACAGUAUGCAGAAGAUGAAAUUAAUGAAAGAGUGCCCUUAUUGCCUCGAGACUAUGACGAUAGCAGGAUGAGAAAUGGACUUGCAGAAUCAUUAUCGAAGUGGCUUACCGAGUCGGCGUAUAAUUUGGCUAUGUUUGAAGGAAGGCAUGUUGUUGUUGUAGGAAUUGUUGGAAAAGCUUCUAAUGAUUGUUCUAAGGCCGAUCCAAUCAAUCACUUAUUAGGGCGCCCAAUUUUCAUUCAGCCAAUCGUUGCAGAAGGCAGUACUGCUUCGAUUGAAGCUUACUAUGAAUCAGAAUUGUCAGUUCUUUUUUUGCAUCUUUCUGGUUAUGGUGAUUUAUGCUCAUUGGAACAUUUCGUACGAAAUAAUGAUAGCGACCAAGCGGAUUUCUUCGAACUUCUUUCGCAGCAGGAAAUCGACUAUGCACGAUGUCUGACCUUUCUCCUGCUUUAUUCGCAUCUGCUCAUUUACAUGGAACCAGGUUGUCGAUUUGAUCAGAAUUGUUGCCGUGAUUUGAAACGAGCUAAUGAACUUCGACGGUUUUGUCAGAAAGAAAUUCGGAUAAAAUUGUCAGCUGUUACGGGUUUCCCACAAGGAUGGUCUGCUGAAGGACGCUUAGCUCAACCGCGGUGCCUGUUUGCUUUCCAUCGUCAUUUACUGAGGGGUGAUUUAAAUUCCAGUAGAAAGAGAGAGCUGAAGAGCAAACUCGUGGAAAAAUUAGAACAGCAAAUAUAUCGUUGUAUGCAAAUAUAUGGACUUGUUGCGGCUGGUGAUAGAAAUUGCCCGUGUAGUUUACCGAAAUCUUUGGAACAAUUUGUUUACUUAUUUUCGGUAGCAGAAUCAUUUCAUGAUGUUAUUCGUGGAAGUUUGUUGAUGCUUAUUGAACGAGGUAGCAGUAAAGAAGGCAAUGACGGAAGUGAAAAAAGUGAAAAAGAAGAGCGUAGUGAUUUUGGUGAAUUUCUGCGGUCUCACAUCGAUCUCGUGCGACAAGAUGAAGAGAGAAGGAGAUAUCUUUAUGAAAUACCUAAGCUGAAGUGGCUUUUGAUUGGUGGAAGAAUCAUUUAUGAUCAGUUAUUCCGAACACAAAUCUUUAGUGAUGAGAAAAUAUACAGACUUAGUAGCCUUGAACUACAGUUUUCCAAAAGCGUGGAGAGUACGUACAUUGGACAAGCUAAAGCAGUAUAUCAAAACGGUAACAAGGAUACACGUGAUUUUGAGAAACGAAAAUCACAGGUUUUUACGAAAGCAGAGCAUGAAGCUAAGUUGGCACGUGCAAUGGAACAUUUGGAAUGUAUUUAUCAUGGCACCACAUUAGGAAAGGCUAAAGAAAAACUGAAACAGGAAUGCGAAGCUCUUUGGGCUAUUCAAAAAGCAUGUGAAUUUGUUUCCCUCACUGGGAAUGAAUGUGUUCUACCGGUUCAUUAUUCUCUAUCGGAUGUGGAAGUGCCAGCCACGAAACGAGUUCCUCACUCAAGUGGAGCCCGUUUCCUUUCUACAUGUAAUUGUGGCCAUUCGCAGGCAUUGCGGAACGAUCCAUUUUCAUUACGUGAAGCCAACCAUGUUUUCUACAUUCAGUCGCAGUUUACAUGUUGCAAAAAUAUGGAAGAAUAUGAAUUUGAAAUUUUCAAAUAUGAUGAUAUUAAUGAAGCAUCGUUAGAUAUAGAAAGUUUACCGGAUAAAUCACAAAAAUCGAUGACUUCUCCAGAACAUAGUUUUUCCGAAUCUUCAUCAACAUCGAUAGGAGAAAACGAUUUGAAAAUGCUUUUGGAUCGUGAUAAUCCUUUGGAAGGUGAUGAAGUACAUCGUGAAAGUAUACAGUCUCCUUUUAAAACAGUAGGUACAGAUACUGAUGAUGUCGAGAAAGAAUUAGAAGAAAAGAAAGUCUCUAUAUCGUCAGGAACGGAAAAGUGUGGUGAAGAACAAACUCCUGAAGAAAUGGAGAAUAAUGAUGAAGAGGAUGAUGAGGAAUACGUUAGGACGGAAGAGGUUGAGCAACCAUUUUUAGGAAUGCGGCGUCAUCGAGCGCACAUGGAUGAUUACGAAUCGUGGUCGCAGGAAGAUGAAGAGGCUAUUCCGGAAACUGAAGCACAAGUUUCAUAUCUUGAUGAUGAUGAUGUGCAAUUACGAGAACCGGACAUAGAUAACACUGAUAAGUUAGAUAACUCCGCUAUGAAUUUUGAAGAGGAAUUAGCAAAGCUAAGAAAAUUAUGCAAAGGUCAAUUUUUGGAAUGUGUUCCGAAUACAGAAUCACCAUCUAGAAGACCUCUUUUCCCCUCAUGGUCACUUUUAUGUCUGGGUGCAUCAAGUUUGUACAGUCAUAAGGCUGGCCUUCGCGAUAUGCCAAACUUCAAAAAUGGGACGCAGUUUCUUUUACCGGUCGAUGUUUUUGUUACAGUCGAUCCUGAGAAAUGGGAUAUUGAUAUGAAAGAAAUUAUGGGCGAUACAUAUGGUGUGAGAUCGAAGCGUCUUAUCAAAGUGAACAAGAGUAAUCGUGAAAAAGUGAAAUUGUUUGUUGGAUUUGAAUAUGAAUGCCCAAGAGGACAUCGAUUUAUGAUUCAGGAUAUGCAUGCCAACACUGGAGUGAAAGCAGCAUUGAAUUCAAAAGAAUCGGGGUCAACUUUGAUUCGUUCAGAUUUACCACUGUGGACAAAAUGUACAUGUCGUCGAUUGCCGCAAGUAAGUGCUCAGUUGAUGCGACUUCACGUCGUUACUCCUAAAGCUCCGGUUACUGUUGUCUUGAAUCCUCGUGUUCAGCCAACAUCAAAAGAGCCAAUAUACCAUACAGGAGAAGCACCCAUACAUCUGGAAUGGGCACGUUAUUAUAUUUUACGGUUCCCUUAUGUUUAUGCUGGUCCACAUGGAACUGUUCAACGACCCAGUGAGGCCGCCAUGUCAGGCAAAUUGCUGGCAAAUUGUGUUGAAGUACAAUACAUACCGAUGCAUUAA